UAACCGAUUUAUUUUAAUCAACAAAGUUACUUGUGAACGUCCAUUUUUUAUGCCGCUUAUCCUCAUUAGGGUCGCGGGUAUGCUGGAGCCUAUCCCAGCUGACUGUGGGCGAGAGGCGUGAGUUUAAGAUAUUUAUUCAAGGAACAAGUCGACUUUUUUUGUAAAGACUUUUAUGGCCUACUUGUGGAUGGAUUACUUUGGGCUUAUUUGGGAGAGUUUCAGCAUACAGCUUAUUCAUUUUGCACUAAUAUGUCACCAAUGACCCCCGGGCUGCGCUUCGGACACCCCUGUCCUAAACAGAUUUUCUGUGCUGUAAUUACAAAAAUAUAUUCCGCUCGUAAAUUAGGAAAUGUACUUUGCUGGAAUCAAUUAACUGCGAUAAAUUAGGGAUUACUGUGCAAGUUUCACUUUUGCGUCCCUCCUGCAGCGUUCACCAUGGGAACGGAACUGGAGGAGUCUAUUGGAGAAUGAACUCUGCCGCCCCUCUAUUGCCCCAUGGAGUGGGUGGGUGGUGUUGUCCAUGACGGGGGCAGUUUGUCCGGUGUCCUCCUGUCUCCCAAUGUUACAAACGCCUCCAGCUGAGUGCCGAUAACUUGUUAGUGAACUUGUUCGUGAAUGAUGGGUGCUUUCUGCAGAAAAAAUAAGCCAAUUUUCAGAGGCAAAAACCACCUUUUUUAGACCAAAAAUCAUCAAGUUUGCAGAUGUGGCUAAUCAUGAGAUGAUGUCACAUCUUUGCGUCAUCAUGAUGGUGUAGUGACGUGUACGUGUGGGAAAGAGGAUGACAUAAAGGAAGGGAUGCGUAUGAUGAUACGCUACUUUGUGUACGUGCCGUCUAUACGUGCUGUGGAGUACUCCAUAUUCCAGCCAAUCGGUGGUUAUGUCCAAGAUUCCAAAUGCGAAAAUGAAGUCCACUCUGGGAAACCCGAAGCCCAUUUCGUCUCAGAGUGAGCCGGACUGGGGUGACAUGUUCUCGGAAAUCCUGAUACGCCGCAAGGAGAAGGACCUGGAGGCGCAGUCGGAGAACCUCCAGCAGCGGUUGGAGGCUUUGAGAGAGCGCGAAAACGAGCUCAUCCACGAAAUCAACGACGUGGAAGAUCUGUUCCUGAGCAGGGAUCCAUAUCUGGCCGACGAAGUCGUCGGCCAAGCCACGGCCAAAGUGGAGAAGGAGGUGAAGGAGUUGCAGGACAAGGACGAGGAGAUCAAGAACCUGGCCAGAAGGUGCUCGGAGCUGAGGCAGCAGAAACAGGAGCGCCUGGAUGUGGUCCACUCCCUCACCAUAUACCAGCAGUUCAUGAAGAAGCUGGUCAGCAUGACGUCCUUCGAAGACGAGGAAGCGCUGACCAACCACAUCGAGAGCCUGCACAGCGUGGAAGACCAGCUCUCUCAGCGGGAGGGCGAAGCUUACGAGCAGACCAACCAGCAGAGGAAAACCCAGGUGGCUUUGCAAAAGCAGUACGAGAUGGAAAGGCAAGAACUGGACAUGGAGCUCACCCACCUCAUGCCUGAGCUGUUUGAGUCCAAAAUCAAGGUGGAGUAUUGGUUCAAGGAGUGGAAGCGCAUCGAGGAGACCGCCUCCAGGAAACUCAACCUGCUGGCGCAGAUUAAGAUGUCCAUCCUCAGCCUCUACGAGAUGAUCGGCGGGAAGGUUUGCGACAAGCUAGGCGUGGCGCUCAACGAGACGGAGAAACAGCUGGAGAAGAUCCACGCCUUCAUGCUGGACCACUUCGAGAUUGUCAAAGAGUACGAAGCUCAGCUGAACGCUGAGAACUAAACGCCGCAUGCUCAAACUCGGACUGAAAAUGUCAGUCAAGCUACUGUACAUCUUCCGAAAAUCCAUUGGCCAUGUCAGGAUAUCAGUUUUAAAUAUCUACUAACAUGCAUACUGUAUGCGUUCAUGUCACACUCACUUGCUGUGAUUAUCUGCUGGAGGUUAGAUACCUCCUGUCUCCAAAACAAGUCCUCCACAUGCUUAUCACCUGAUUCAAAUAGCCACGGGUGUCCAGGCACGGGAGUCUGCCCUUCAUCGUCUCUGUCCCACACAGCACCCCGCAUAAUAAAGUUCGGCGUGUCCUCGAACGCACCUGAGUAAGUGUUGUUCUGAGUCGUGUCUCCAUAACAAGUCCUCCACAUGCUUAUCACCCGAUCCAAAUAGGUCUCGGGUGUCCAGCCAUGUGAGUCUGCCCUCCAUUGUCUCCGUUAUUCUUGUAAAACCACAACUUUCUUUCCUCUUAAUAUGACUUUAUUCUUGUUAAAUUACUGCAGAUUUUUCCAUUUUUAGUAUUUUUGUGUUUACUUAUUCUAUUAUCAGAGUGUGUCACAGACCAAUAAAAAAACUAUUGUGGCUCACAAAUGGCCCCUGAGCUGCACUUUGGACACCCCUGAUUUAAAGACCACACAUACACGCACAAUAAAGAUGUUGUGAUAUUCGAAAGUCGGCGUGUCCUUGAAUGCACCUGAUGUGUGUGUAAAGAAAAAAGACAUUUUUAUUGAUGUAACAAUUCUCACCAUUUGUUUUUACAAUAAAUAUUUUAAAAUAAAUACUAAAAUUGGCUAUGAUCAACUUAAAAUAAAAAAGUGCCAGAAAGCAAAUUUUGUUAAACAAGUAAAAAUGUAACAUAAAAAAGGCAGGAACACCUUAAAACCAGGACGGCAUCUUCACAAAUAACCAACACAUUUGUGUAAGAAUUCCAGCAUGAACAGAAGCAGGAUGCACCAAAACGAUGAUGUAGUGAUACAAAGCAAGCCAGCAUUUAAGCCAAUGUGUCUCAAACCGAAUACCUUUGAAUUCCAUGAAGAGACCUGUAUGGGGGCCUGCGUUCACACGUCGGGCUCCGUGGGGGGUGGGUCAGUUGCCAUGGAUAAUAAUCCCAUGGUUGCUUCAGCAUUUCACACCUUAUGAGACACUCUUAUGCUGCCUUUGGCCAAAUGAGUUUGAAAGCGCUUGUUUUGGUUGCAUGUUUUCACCAUUUUAACUGACAUUUCAUCUGAUUAGAAUGAGUAGACAUGAUAUCACAGCAGUAAUGUUAGCACGUCCAGCAUUGUCCAACAAAAAAGUGUUUAAAAGCAUGCGGCGUCCAACGUAACUCUCUGGUGAUGACUUGCGGCAUACUUUUUGUCAGCCUCGAGUCUUUGCUGCAGCACCCCGCACAGCGCUGUUAACUCGCGGCUACGAGGCGGAGGCCGGACGACCCACACGGGCUUUCCGUCCAAGAUGGCGUCCUCCUCCUCUGACAUGAGCUCCAUAUGAGCGCUUUUCCAUAAAGCCUUUUCAGCGCCGCGGACAACAGAACUUCUGGCGUUGUACAGCUGAACAAGCACAGGAAAAAAACUGAAGUUGGAGCAGUGAAGACAUUGGACAUGGUGGACAUGGACACACGCUCUUACUCGUCUCUUCCUUUGUUUCUUUGCUGCGGCGACCCUGCGCUUCCUCCUCUCUUCCAGACUCUCGUCCUGGCUUUUGAAACUGCGUCGAACAGUUUCAAAAUAAGUUUUGCAGCAGGCUACGUAAAAGGAAAAGCUUGGGUUAAUCAUCAAAUUUGGCGCCUGCAGCAGAACAGCUCCACACGGAAGUUCACAUCAUUCCGAGGUCGCACGGGACAAUGUUACUCACCCACUAUGGUCUCAGGAUCCACAUUUGGGUAAGACAGUGACACUUUCUGGACCAGGGAUGUCGUCACCUUUGUGUUAUGGGGUGAAGAAACACUGGAGAACAAAAGCAAGUCAUGAUUAGAAGGGUGGACUCAUCUGCAGCCUGGCAUAGGAUGGAAGACUUUUACAAUUGAUGGCAUAGAAAACCCCAUUUACCAGCUUCUAAAUAUACAUUAACAUGAUUAGAGCCCUGUAGACAUGAAAUAACACCGCUAUAGUCACCCUUACACACCUAUUACCCAAUAGUAGACAUAAUAGGUGAAAAUAAGACACAUACGACAUAGAAAAGCGGUUUACCACCUUCUGAAUACACAUUUUAACGCAAUUAGAGCCCUCUAGACAUGAAAUAACACCCCUAUAGCCACUUUUACACUUCUGUUACCCAACAUAGGAGACAUACGGUAGUUAGGAUGUAAAUAAAACUCCUGCUCCUGUGUGUGACAGUUAAUGUGUAGAGGACUUUAGUGGCAGGCGGACAGGAAGUGGUGUUAAUUGAGGUUCAGAGUUGAGUUGUAGCUUGUCUUGGGUUACGGCCUUAAUAGUAGCCCAUGUUAUUAUUGUUGUUGUUGUUGUUGUUUUUAGGAUUUUGUUUUUAUUGUGCCUGUUGUGAGAUCAUUUAAACCUGCAAUAAGUGCAGCUAGUGGCGAUCAUGUCUGAUGCUUGAGCAAAACAAAAAAACACCUCACCUUGUUUGUGCAUCGUAUUUGUUGGUGGGGUCGUUUUGGGCUUUGUGGAGUCUCCUCACCACUUCCUGUAAAAAAGGAGAACAUGUUAAAUCCUGAACAUGAAAUA